GCCCGGGACGGGGCUGCAAUCUUUUCAUGAUGGAGGGAAGCCGGCAGACACGAGUGUCUCGGCCGUACAAGAUCAGUGAAUCUUCAAAGGUGUACCGCUGGGCCGACCACUCGACCACUGUGCUGCAGCGGCUGAAUGAGCAGCGCCUCCGAGGCCUCUUCUGCGACGUCAUCCUGGUGGCGGAUGAGCAGCGUGUGCCGGCCCACCGCAACCUGCUGGCCGUGUGCAGCGACUACUUCAACUCCAUGUUCACAAUUGGCAUGCGCGAGGCCUUCCAGAAGGAGGUGGAGCUGAUCGGUGCUUCCUACAUCGGGCUCAAGGCUGUGGUGGACUUCCUCUAUGGUGGUGAGCUGGCGCUGGACGGCGGCAACAUCGACUACAUCCUGGAGACGGCCCACCUGCUGCAGAUUUGGACGGUAGUGGACUUCUGCUGCGAGUAUCUGGAGCAGGAGGUGAGCGAGGACAAUUACCUGUACCUGCAGGAGCUGGCCUCCAUCUACAGCCUCAAGCGGCUGGAUGCCUUCAUCGACGGCUUCAUCCUUAGCCACUUCGGCACGCUGUCCUUCACGCCUGACUUCCUGCAGAACAUCUCCAUGCAGAAGCUGUGCGUCUACCUGGGCAGCAGCGAGGUGCAGCGGGAAUGUGAGCACGACCUGCUGCAGGCUGCCCUGCAGUGGCUGACGCAGCAGCCGGAGCGCGAGGCCCACGCCUACCAGGUGCUGGAGAACAUCCACUUCCCACUCAUCCCCAAGAAUGACCUGCUGCACCGUGUUAAGCCAGCGGUGUGCUCACUGCUGCCCCGGGAGGCCAACUGCGAGGGCUUCAUCGAGGAGGCCGUGCGCUACCACAACAGCCUGGCAGCCCAGCCCAUCAUGCAGACCAAGCGCACUGCCCUCCGCACCAAUGAGGAACGCCUGCUGUUUGUGGGCGGCGAGGUCUCCGAGCGGUGUCUGGAGCUCAGUGAUGACACCUGCUACCUGGACGCCCAGAGUGAGCAGUGGGUCAAGGAGACACCCCUGCCAGCCAGGCGGAGCCAUCACUGCGUCGCUGUGCUGGGGGGAUUCAUCUUCAUCGCUGGUGGCAGCUUCUCGCGGGACAACGGAGGGGAUGCGGCCUCCAACCUUCUUUAUAGGUAUGACCCCCGCUGUAAACAGUGGAUCAAGGUGGCCUCCAUGAACCAGCGCCGCGUGGAUUUCUACCUUGCCUCCAUUGAAGACAUGCUGGUGGCUGUCGGCGGCCGGAAUGAGAACGGAGCUCUCUCUUCAGUUGAGACCUACAGUCCCAAGACUGACUCCUGGUCCUACGUGGCUGGCCUGCCAAGGUUCACGUACGGCCACGCGGGCACCAUCUACAAAGACUUCGUGUACAUCUCGGGGGGUCACGACUACCAGAUCGGCCCCUACCGCAAGAACCUGCUGUGCUACGACCACCGGACAGACGUGUGGGAGGAGCGGCGGCCCAUGACCACGGCGCGUGGCUGGCACAGCAUGUGCAGCCUGGAGGACAGCAUCUACUCCAUCGGCGGCAGUGACGACAGCAUCGAGUCCAUGGAGCGCUUCGAUGUGCUGGGUGUGGAGGCUUACAGCCCACAGUGCAACCAGUGGACACGCGUGGCGCCACUACUGCACGCCAAUAGCGAGUCAGGCGUGGCCGUGUGGCAGGGCCGCAUCUACAUCCUGGGCGGCUACAGCUGGGAGAAUACAGCCUUCUCCAAGACAGUGCAGGUGUAUGACCCUGAGAAGGACAAGUGGAGCCGGGGCACCGACCUGCCUAAGGCCAUCGCUGGCGUGUCCGCCUGCGUGUGCGCACUGAAGCCACGGCUGGAGGACAAGAAGAAGAAGGGCAAGGGCAAGAGACCCCAGGACCGUGGCCAGUGAACCCGCCCCUCCCGGAGACCAGCAGUACCUGGGUCAAGUCCUGGACCGUGAUGUACAACUUUGCAGCUUUUUUUACUUUUAUGAUUCUUGGUAUUUCUACAGUAUCACAGUAACUGAUUAAAUAUUCUAUAUAAUUUACAUAUUAUCUUGCUUGAAUAAUUAAACCUGGGCCCAGGCAACAACUGUCCCUGGAUCCAUGCUGGGCUGCUUCCCACAUGAUGUGUCCCCAGGAUGGGCAGGGAGCCCAGGCAGUCCUGACCAUCUCCUGAGAGUAGCCAGGUCAGGGGUUGCACAGACAUUUUCGUAGUGAAACGAAGGGCUCUAGUGGGACGUUUCAGACCCCCUAGUCCACACCUCCCCCAAACCUGGCUGAACUUAAAAAAAUAAAACGGAUUCCUGGGCCCCCCCACAGGAUUCCCAAACCUGAAACUACCAGGAGUGGCAGAGGGAGUGCCUGCAGACUGUUUUAACUUGUUCUUAGAAUGACUGAGCCUCAGCCACAUUUGGGAAUCCAGUGUGUUCCUUUUUAAAAGUGGGGCACGAGGCUCUUUACAAGCAUUAUUCUGUAAUUUGUGCUUUUGUCUUUUUACUUUACUUUCUCGUGUCUUUUUUCUGGGACCCACUGUUUCACAUAUUACUGAUGUACUGAGCCCCACAGGUCUACAUUUAUCUCUCAGGAAAGGAAAAGGGAGCAUCUAGGAUUUGCCAUUGUUUUCCUGGACUGCAGCUUCAAGAAGCCACAGGAAGUUCCUGCACCAGUGAGGGAGCAUUGAUCCCCGAUAAGGAGGUUGUCCCUCAACUCCAGCGGCAGAUCCUGGUCCUGGCAGGCCGUCUGCUCUGAAGGAGUUUUGUGCUGCUGGGCAAAUUUUUCAACAAGUCUGGAGCUGUUUCCUCAUGCUUUGAACAACAGGGUUAGCUGAAAGAGUGGCCAGGCUCCUUCUGGUGCGUAAGCUCUUUCAGCCUGGAUAAGCUAUUAAAAUGCAUUCAGCACCUCCUUGUGAGAUGUGUGACCACCCUGCCCUGGUUCCUUUGGUUACUGGAAUAGACAGCAGUCGUGCGUGUGCUAUAAGGAGGGUUUGAGACUCCUGCCCAAGCCAUUGUGUAAUACAAGUACCAUAGGAGUGGGCUUGGGUUUCAGUCGUGAGCCUAGGGAGGCACAAAUGAUCUCUACCGUGGCAGAGAUCCGAUUGCAGAGAUGAGAACACGCCAAGAUUUAUUGUCUGGGGAAGUGUAGAGCCCAGUGGUAGAGCACGUGCCUAGCACGCACAAGGUCCUGGGUUCCAUCCUCAGCGCCUCCAUUAAAAAAUAUAAGAUUUAUUGUUAACACUGAUGUUAGAGUAAGGAUCUCAGUUAAUAUACUUCUUUUUUCUUUUUCUUUUUUUUUUUGUCUUUUUACUGCCCUUCCUUUUCUUUCUCUUGAAGGUUUAUUGUGAUUUUUGGUUGGCCUGUUUCAAUAGUGACCAGGAGAGAUGAGAGAGCAACAUGGGAGCUGAAAACUUCAGUACCCAAGUUGUUGCCCUUUCUUGCUAGUUGGGCAACCAGUCUGCAGAGUUUAGCUGGGAAGUUGCUAAAGCCUUACAAACUCUUGAGGGGCUCUGCAGGGCAUACAAACAGUCAAACCAAAAAGCUGUACACUCUUCUUGGAUCUUUUCUUUAAUACAACACUUCAAUGUAUUAAAGGCUCUGAGAAGUCCUGCAUUAACUGUUAACCCUCCAUGAACCCAGCAUUUGCAAACUUCAUUGAGCCUGAAACCAUUUUUUUGGUCUCAAACCUAGUCCAGCCCUCCACAAAACACGUUUUUGUGGAGCCACUGCCAAAUGUGAGGUAGCUUAACCCUUUCGUAUUCCAGGAAAGGUUUCAUCAUUUGAAGACCCUUUAGAAGGCACAGGAUCUGUGGUCUGUCCUCCCCAGCUCAGCCCAGGUCUUAAACAAAGAAAUGGUCAUUCAACCAGAAUCCAGGGGCAGGUUGAGAGGAGCACGCAUAAAGACUCCAUGCAUGCAUGCUUUGGGGAGCAGGAAGGCUUUAACCUUCGGAAGAGGACAGCAGUGAAUUUUUAGCCAAAGCCAGCUGUUGUAUUUUUGACUACCAGGAUGUUUCCCAAAAUAAGGGUACAGUAUGUCUUCUAUUCUGAUUUUCUUGUGCCUUGUGGGUGACAUACGGUGUCCUGCCCCUGAUAUUGUGUGAUGUCUCUCUAGGCCACUAUGAAGGAUGUUUGUGACAUACAUGCCUUAGAAUCUAAUAUGGUGGAGGUGGCGAGCAUUCUUUUAAAGGUAGGGUUGAUGAGGUCGUCUUCUGCAGACCGACUUCAGAUAAUUGGUGGUGGCUCUGCUGUGCCCAGAAAGGUUUUCGAGCAUGUAAGCGUCGGUGGAAAGGAGCAUCACAACCAGUGAGCAGUGUCUGCCUGGACGUGGGAGAGCAGAGAGGUUGGAAUGUGGCAGGUUUUUGCUGCCUGUGUUUUGAAGAUGGAAAGCACCCUUCUGUGCAGUCCAGCUGAGAAGGAAGAGAAUCGUUAACAACCCAGACGGGCAGAGCUUGGGGAUGUACUCAGGCGGAUGGCCAUUUGAGCUGAGGAAUCGCGAUAGUGUGGUUUCAAACCCUGGUGACCAAAGCUGGGGUUCUCAUGGCUGCCAUCUAGAGACAGAAACAGUGACGUUUGCCCUUGUGUCUUCAACCUCCUUGCUCCGAGCUACUCUGCUUGACCUUUGGAAACACAUGGAUCAUCUUUUGAUCUUUCAAAAUGAGCAGGGUGGGCUUUUAUUCAGGUGUUAAUUUUUUUUCCUCCUUUUUAGAAAACUGGAGUUUUAACUUCACAUUAGUGGUCGUUUUGGAGUUUGAGCCUCACCCCAGUUGGAAUCCCAUUUGCUUAAGAUGUUAAUGUAAUGUUAGAAGGGAAGCAGGGUAGAAAAGCUGAAGAAUCCUUGUUACUUCGAGUGGUCUUCCUGCUGUUUAAAAUAUUACUCAGUGGGAGAGUGGGUUCUCAGCAUGUACGAGGUCCUGGGUUCAAUCCCCAGUACCCCCAUUAAAAUUAAUAAUACCACCUCCUCCCCCAAAAAAAUAUACACAGAGAUUAUUUUAGCAUCUUGCUUGUGUGUAUGGCUCAAUCUGUAUUUUUAACAUCCUGCCGCUUUAGAAAUCUAGACUACCAGAUAAGACUGCUUCUAGAUCUUGAUCUGGGUAGAAAACCUCAUGUGUGUGUUUAUAUUCUGAAUGCCUCCCUCCCCCUCCCCUGAAUAAGCUGACCUCAUGGCAACUUAGUAGGGACCCCAGGAGCCAACUCUAAAGGGUGAUCAGUUUUGGAUGGGAACCCAAAUGCCAAAGGGCGAUCGAGUCCCUCCCAGUUCCAAGGUCCCCUCUGCAUUCAGGUGCGUUAACCUGUGGUCCAGAGUGCCUGGCCUCAGAGCCCCGAGUGACCUUUUGGUGAUUUGCAGCCACGUGGAAAGUGGAAGGACUCCACCACCACCCCUUUUAGAGUCAGCAGCCUCCUACUGCACCCUUACCCAGGUCCUCCCUGUAUGCGGCUUGGCCAGCAUCUCACUGAGCUUUUGGCUCUCAGAACUUCUGGCUAGAAUCUCAGCCCGCUGGUCCCAAACCUGGAGGGGCAAUUCUGGCCGUGUGGCCUGGAUAUCCUCACCAUCUCCGUGGAUUCUGAGCAUCUUCAAAAGGGAAGGGGCGAUAGCCUGAGCCCCAGGAUAAACCUCUAAAGUAUAGGGCAGCUUCACAGGUGCUUGGAGAGCCUGCCCUGUGUGUCCACCAUGCCUGGCAGUUUUUAAAGUUUUUUUUAAAUGUUUUGAUACUUUUUUGAUACCAUUUGCUAAUAAGUGUUUUGUAGUUGCCAGUCGGGGUUCUCCUCCUCCCUCCCACCCCAUCCCCUUGAGUUUGCAGGUAUCCCUUGGGCAGCACCAGGGUCCCGCCCACCUCCUGGGGCUGUACCUUGGGGCUUUCUCUCCUUUUUGGCUGCAGUCUGGUACAAAAACUCUUGAAUUGUGUAAGGUCACAUGUGGCCCUCUUACACCCCCAAUUGAGCAAGAGGGCAGUGCUUUGUUUGGUAUGAGGAUACUUCAACUCCCUGAGAUGUUCUACAUUUCUUCUAAAGCUCCUACCUCAACAGUAUGCAGCGUUGAAAAGGUAUCUGAGGCCUGAUAUGUGUAUCACCUUUCUACAACGGGUCAUUUCUCAACCCAGGGCCUGGCUGGGUCUUGACCCCCCUCCUGGCCACCCCUGCUUUUACAGGCAUUUUAACGUGAAAUCCACAAAAGCUAUACUGGUGAACAUCCUGUACUUUGUAGAGUUACCACCCUUUGUUUUGAAGGUUGUUCAUUUCUUUUUUUCUUUUUCCUUUUUGCAUGGAUAGAAUUUGGUUUCGUAGGGUGUUUAGGGUCUCAAAAAAUUGUCUUUGGGUUGCCUUAGUUAAAAGGAUUGAAUGAAUGUACAAAUUUUGGUGGUGGAGGUGUGUGGAGGAGAAAAACCCUUCCAUUUCUGUUUUCUUUGAGAAAAGGAGCUCCACUUUUCAGAGUUACUUGGGCAGUCUUUACAGGUUUUCUUGUGAUGGAAGGAGGAAUCAAGUCCUUUCAAGCAACUUCCAGCUCCCUUACAAAAUUAGUAAGCUAUUUGAUGAUUAAGUAAUUUGUUGGGUAUGUACUGGUUCCUAAUGUUACUGAAACCUGUAAUUGUGUGUGUGCUGUUUUUUUAAUUUGUUGCUUUUGUAUUUGUGAUUUUAUGACUCCCAAAGUUUUUCUGUCUUAACUUCUUCUUAAUUUUCUGCAGGUUGAUUUCUUUCCCCUUUUGUUUUUAAUUCCAUAAAGAAUAUUCAGUUCUUGAAACACAUUAAAAAUGAUUUGCCUGCUAGGGUAUGGCUUAUUUUAUAAUUA